AUGCAUGUUGCCCCGGCUGGCAUUGUAUUUGGGGCUCGGCUGUUUUUGCGAGUUGCUGUCGAAGCUUCUAUUCCCACCAUCUCACAGUCGAUAGCCACUGCCCGUCGCUUUGGAGUGCUGCUACUUCGGGGCCGCGAAGUAAGGCCCGCUUUCAAGAGGAACCAGCUCCACCUUGAAGCUUUUGUGCUGCUGUGGCGUCUCCAAAUGAACCAGGAGAUUCUCCGAGAUUCGAAUGUCUGGCUCCCCGGGGGCUAG